AUGUCGAAAGUAUUAUCCCAAAAGAUUAAGAUUGCGCUGAUCCAGUUUCGCGGGUCAUCCCCCGACAAACAGGCCAACUUGAACAGGGCUGCCCAGUUCAUUGAUAAGGCCAUGACUCAGCAACCGGACACGAAGAUUGUGGUCCUCCCUGAAUGUUUCAACUCUCCUUAUGCUGUUACUAAAUUCAGAGAGUAUGCCGAGGAGAUUGGCCCCCUCGCGACCUCUGUUUCCUUCUUGUCUCAGUUGGCAUCAAAGUAUAAGAUAACGUUGGUAGGAGGGACGAUUCCGGAAAUUGACCCCAAGACUGACAAGAUCUACAACACUGCAGUAGUGUUUGAUACCAACGGUAAACUUGUGGGUACGCACCGCAAAACACAUCUUUUUGACGUUGAUAUUCCAAACGGGAUCACCUUCAAAGAAUCUACUACUCUGUCGCCAGGUGAAAAAGCGACCACUUUAAAGACACCUUACGGUAAAAUAGGUGUUGGUGUAUGCUACGACAUGAGGUUCCCUGAGCUUUCCAUGAUAUCAGCGCGGAAUGGAGCAUUUGCAAUGAUCUUCCCCAGCGCUUUCAACACCGUAACUGGGCCGAUGCACUGGCACCUAUUGGCUCGGGCCAGAUCUGUUGAUAAUCAGAUAUACACUGUUUUGUGCUCUCCAGCUAGGGACAUGGACUCUUCGUACCAUGCAUAUGGUCAUUCGUUGGUUUGCGAUCCAAGGGGUAAUAUUAUAGCCGAGGCAGGAGACGGUGAAGAGAUCGUUUUUGCAGAGUUGGACCCUGCAGAAAUCAGCGAUUUUAGAGCUGCUGUUCCUUUGAUAAAGCAAAGGAGAUUUGACGUCUAUAAAGAUGUUAGCAAAUGA